UAUACGUAGCAGCAUAAAUAGUAUUUUAUUGCUGACACUUUUCAAGACGACCCCAAAAAUUAACCAGGAAAAGCUUAAAGCAUGGUUUAGACGUGCCAUAUUUAGCUCCAGGUAAGUGGUAUUUACUAAAAAGAAUAAACAAGUUUAAAGUCACCACCACUGCGACCCAGUAUCACGUCUUCAAGCUCUAAUUCCACUCUAAUUCGGCUGCAAAAAAUGAAGUCUGAGAAAUUGCGUCACCUACGCGUAUGAGUCGUCGUAGUCUACAGUGACGUCAACCCAAACGGUCACUCCCAUUGGUCAGGUUCGCUGACAGUCACAAGCGCAACAAUAGCGUGGCCGGCUGCCGGGUGGGAGCGCCUGUCCCAGCGAGCAUGGCGCACCGGGCACAAACGCACCGUCCGCUCUGAGAUCGAUGCUCUGACCGCAGGAGCAAUAAGAGUCCCCGAAUCCUCCGAGAAAAUCUUUGCGCCAUUGUAAAUAUUCGCAGGUACCGAGGCACGUUGUAGCGCUGUGUCGAUGCGUGCUUAUCCGCCUUUUCAGUGUUAGGACUGCCGCAAAACGGUACUUCAGUCAUCGGUAAUUACGUCCAAAAAAAAUGAAGGUGACGGUGGAUUUUGAAGAGUGCUUGAAGGACUCACCGCGAUUCCGGGCCACUAUCGAGGAUGUGGAGGGAGACGUCGGAGAGUUGGAGUCCAAGCUGGACAGGAUGGUUAAGCUGUGUAUCGGGAUGAUUGACGCAGGCAGAGCCUACAGCCAAGCCAACAAACAGUUUGUGAAUGGGAUCAGAGAACUUGCCCUGCAGUCCAUGACGGACGAUGUCAUUGGGUCCAGUUUAGCUGCAUUUGCAGAGACUCUGCAGGAGAUGAACAACUACCACACAAUUUUGUUUGACCAAGCUCAGCGCUCGAUUAAAUCUCAGCUCCAGGUGUUUGUGAAAGAAGACCUGAGGAAGUUCAAGGAGGCGAAGAAGCAGUUUGAUAAGGUGAGUGAGGAGAAGGAGCUGGCGCAGGUGAAGAACGCCCAGGCACCCCGAAACAAGCAGCACGAGGUGGAGGAGGCCACCAAUCUCCUGACCACCACCCGGAAGUGCUUCCGCCACAUCGCCCUAGACUACGUGCUGCAGAUCAAUGUUCUUCAAUCCAAGAAAAGACUGGAAAUCCUCAAAUCGAUGCUGUCCUUCAUGAACGCUAACAUGAGCUUCUUCCAGCAAGGCUACAGCCUGUUCAGUGAACUGCAACCACUCAUGAAGCAGCUCGGGGGGCAGUUGGAUCAGUUGGUGGUUGACUCUGCAAAGGAGAAGAGAGAUAUGGAACAGCAGCACUCGGCCAUCCAGCAACAGGCUGCUCUCCAGGAUUUCUCCACUGAAGACACAAAGCUGGACUACAACAUGGACACGGAGAAUGGCGUAGCUAUGGAGGGCUACCUGUUCAAAAGAGCCAGCAAUGCCUUCAAAACCUGGAACAGACGUUGGUUCUCCAUUCAGAACAGUCAGCUUGUGUAUCAGAAGAAGUUCUGGGAUAACCCCACCAUAGUGGUUGAGGACCUCCGCCUGUGCACAGUUAAACAGUGUGAGGAUGUGGAGCGUCGCUUCUGUUUCGAGGUCGUCUCUCCUACCAAGAGCUGUAUGCUACAGGCUGAUUCAGAGAAGCUGCGUCAUGCUUGGACCAAAGCUGUACAGAACAGCAUUGCUACAGCUUACAGAGAGAAUGGGGAUGGGCCUACCACACAGCUGGACCGGCUGUCCUCGGCGUCUGUAGGCAGUCUAGACUCGCUGGGCGAGGCAGGCCGUGGGCAGAGAGGCGACGGUGCCCUCCAGAGGGUGCUGGCGGUCAGUGGGAAUGCUCAGUGUUGUGACUGUGGGCAGUCAGACCCACGGUGGGCCAGCAUCAACCUGGGCAUCACACUCUGCAUCGAGUGCUCUGGCAUCCACAGGAGUUUAGGUGUUCAUAACUCUAAAGUGAGAUCUCUUACGCUUGACUCAUGGGAACCGGAACUGCUCAAGCUGAUGUGUGAGCUGGGAAAUGGAGUCAUUAAUCAGAUCUACGAGGCUCGCAGAGCAGAACUGGGCUGGAGGAAGCCACAGCCAGGAGACUCCAGGCAGGAAAUCGAGGCCUACGUCCGUGCCAAGUACGUCGACAGAAGGUUUGUGCAGAGGCCGAACUCCCAGGAGCAGAGGUCAAAGGUCAUGGUCCUGAGUAAACGGGACAGGCGGUUAAAGGGCAGUAUGGAGCUCCUGCCACCCCGCCCGCCACCUCCCACCCCCAAAUUCCGCACCACCUCAAACGCAUCAGCACAACCUAGUGGCCAGGAGGUGCGGCGCGACUCACUUUUCUGCCCUGAUGAACUUGACUCUCUCUUCUCCUACUUUGACACAUCUUCAAAACUGCGGAGCUUGAAAAGUGCAGACAGCGGGAUCCAUCACAGCGCUGACGGCAGCAGAGAGAUGCUGGCCUCCACACCCUCCAGCAUCAGCCUGAGCGAACCAGAACUGCAGGACUCUGAGUCGCUGGCGUCUCUGUCCCAGCAGGAGUCUUCGCCCGUCUUCACGGAGCCGCCGGAGUUCUGUCCCAGCCUGCUGCUCUACUGGGCCUCGUACGCAGGCAGCCUGUUGGAGAUGGUACAGGCGGUGGCCCUCGGCGCCAAUGUCAACUGGGCCAAUGGGGAGGAGCACCAGUGCACUGCUCUCCUCCAGGCAGUGCAGAGCGGUUCAUUGGUCACCUGUGAGUUCCUGCUGCAGAAUGCUGCCAAUGUGGACCAAUCAGAUGCUCGAGGCAGAGGACCCCUGCACCACGCUACCAUGCUAGGACACACGGGGCAGGUGUGUCUCUUCCUGAAGCGUGGGGCUCAGCAGGGUGCGCUGGACAUGGAUGAAAGGAGCCCUCUGUCCAUCGCUGUGGAGGCAGCAAAUGCUGACAUUGUUACCCUGUUGCGCCUGGCUAAGAUGUCUGAGGAGAUGAGGGAGUCGGAGGGGCCUUUGGGUCAGCCAGGUCAAUACUCCCACUCUCAGAGUCACACAGAGCAGCAGUACAGGAAGUGCAUGCAGGACUUCAUCUCUCAGGAGCUGGACGAGGCCUAGCGAGCUGCCAAGCCUCCAGCCCAGUGGAGCACAGACCACUCACCACACCCACGCCUUAACACCUGAUACCUCAGCAAAGCCGCUUGGUCAUCUAAACUCUGUGGACCUGAGUUUGACGGGAGCUGGAGGUUUUCUUACCAUGAUUGUGUGGGCUUGAUUGCCAGCAGCACUUCCAAGGCUGAUGGAUUUUUUUUGUACUCUUGUGAAUAUGCAUACACUUAAGGGUUAUUUAUUUCCUUAAAAGUGAAUUUUGUUAAAAUUCUUUAUCUUGAAGGUGCUUGUUUCAGAUAAACACACACACACUUACUGUAUUUAUUGGGGGGGUACCAUUAAUUAACAGGAAAGGAGAGCGAUGACUUAUUCUAGACUACUGUGAACUGUGGUAGAGUGUGAAAGCUGUGGGGUUGUGGCAGUUAUCUUUGAAUCGUUUACAUGCUUUUGUUUGGUUUCUGUCUAGUCUUUGUAGGUAUGUGAUGUUUAUAAAAUCCAAAUGUACUCUGGAGUCCCCGAGGCUUUAGAGCAAAGCCUGGUGGUGAUGUGGGCAAGACUUUGGUGCUUUCUAAGGCCGCGUCCAGUCAGAUGUUAAUUAGGCCCUCUCUAGUCUUCCUGAUUCGUUCUUGCGUUCGUCUUGUGCUGCAGUCGUAGAUACACCACUGAUGUCCUUCACACUUUGCCUGAACACUGUGCUAUAUCUGGGGUGAAGCUCGCACACCUGAGCUCGUUUUAGUGUGCUGUGUCUGUGCUGGGCUGGAUUUACCCCCAACCCCUAAUCAUCAUGUGUGCAGAAUUUUGGAAUCUCCUGGGAUUAAGGAAUAAAAUUAGGGAAUCUCCUGGGAUUUGGCCUUUGCACACAAAAAUACACGUGAUCUACUCAGUUUUAGGAAAAUGUGUUUUUUAAAUUAAUAGUUUGACAUCAAACAUGAAUAAAAUCUCCAAAAUUGAGGUCUAAGUAUUAAAAAGCUAGCAAGUUCAAGCUGACAAUAUUCGUUCAUCAUAGUUUUCAAGUUGGGAGGAGAUGACAUUAUACAGUUCUUUUAUUUUCUUUUUUUUUAAAGUAGUUUCUUCAGAACCGUCCGGCACGUGUAAGGGCCCGGCGCAUGUGUGCCACAGCACUUGUGCACAUACAGAGAUGCUGUCCAGAGUCGUACGUUACUUCCAUGGUCAGCCAAACCUCAGCUCCGAGCAUGUGCUGAUGAGUGCGUGGGACGUUUCUGUAUUCACCUGGAAGUUCUGAUCACAGUUAAGGAUCUACCAAUAGAAAAGUGGAAUGAAAUGGUGAUGCACUCUAUGUAUUAUAAUAUUGGUAGCUGGAAUUUUGCUGUAUAUGUUUAAUGCUACAUACCUUCAUAACUAAGCAAACCAAUCCUGUUCCAUGCAGUUGAAUUCAGAGCGAACUUUCUGAGCCUUAUAGCCAUUUCAAUCAUGUACUUUAUUAUUUGUUCUUGAAGACUGUUGUUUUUAUACCUGGGCAGCAUAGUAAGUGACUCUUUUUUAAUAUGCAUAUAAUGGGCAUAUAUUUCAUGUCUUACAAGACGUUCUGCAGUGAAGGAAGCCGAGGUUGGGAUUACUGCCUGUUUAUGCUUGCAUUGAUGAAUUUACAGUUCAGAUUACUAAUCCCCAGGUUCAAAUGACCCAGAUGUCAGCCACUCCCUGCGUGUUUUCCCAGUGGCAGGGUCUCACAGUGCACCUUUAGUCAGACAGUUGGACUCCGUACCAGCAUUCUGUAUUUGACAUUGUAUUCAUGGUCAGGUAUCAGUCUGACAGUGUAGCAUGAUCCUGAAUCACACCCUCUGCGUGAGAUGCUGUUCUGACACCACCCCCAACACCCAGCCCCGCCCCCUUAUUCACAUACCCCUCCCCCUUUUGCUACCAUCUCAUGAUAAGUUGGUCAUGGUUCUGCUGAAUAUCCUGAUGGUUAGGAGAACUUUCACACUGUGUUGUCCUGACUGGACUGCCUUUGGGGCAGUGUUCUACCCUCUAAGCCUCUCUGAGCCAUUUCACAGGAGCACAUGAGACACGUGGAAAGCUCUCAAGUUAUUUAAGCCCGGUUUGUCUUCCUGUAUUUACCUGUUGAUAAGUGGAUGUGAAGAAAGGGCUCCUGUUCUAUCUGUAAGCCCAUGUCCGUCUGUCUGCCAGGUCCUAUAAAGCAUUGUACUGGUGUACUCUACAUACUGGCACCUUUUUAGGUGUGUGCCAUGGGUUGGUUUUGUAUGAUCCACUGCUGGGCUGAGCACAGCUGCAGGAGUUCUGGAUGGAGUGGUUGGACGUACAUUGUUUGAUUUACGAGACAUGUUUUUAUUCAUAUGUAAGCAUUCUUUUGCCUGUCCUAUAGAGAUAGAAAUGAUAGCCUGUUAAAGUCUGGAGUUAAGCAGUGGACCACGAAGAGAAAGGCUGCCGUCCCGUUCCAGUAACCUCCUGCGCUGGGUUUUUGGUGCACUUCUCACACUAAGGCUGGGGAGGGGAAUGAGGAGUGUAAUCUGGAGCAUUACAUUUCACAAACUGAAUAGCGCAAAUAAAACUUGCAGUGGAAUGAGUUAUUGGAACGGUACCCAGCUAGAGAAACACUGAAGAAACUACCACUUAACACUCAUCAUGGUGCUGCUAAGCGUUUGGAUGGAAAGUGGGCAUGCGUGUGUGCGGGUUUCCUCUUCCUAGUGUCUGAACACACUACGUCCACCUGAAACUCCACAGCCUGUGCCUUUUUCCGUUCCUCUUGGUUUCUGUCAGUCUGCACUUUAAAAUACAUCUUUGGUUGUUGGCGAA